UCUGUCUCUCUAUCUCUGUCUCUCUCUCUCUCAUCUCUCUCUCUUUAAAUCACAAAGCAAAAUUCCACUGUCUCUCCCCCACCCCUUCUAAAAAAAAAAAGUUGUCGAGUUUUGCUUUUCUAUUCACUGCAGUCCUGGCCAAAGUAAAGCCCUCUUUCUCAAUGACGUCAAGAUCUUUAGCAAGAUUAGGCUUUCAUUUCUCUAUUGCAGCAAUUAGCUAGAGAAUAUAUAAAAGGCUUCAGGGAGACUCACUGGGCUGUAGAGGGAGGCACUUUGCACACAGACAGAUAGCAGGAAGGAGAAGCCAGAGGGAGUGAGCACCGCACUCAGUCUGCUCCUGGAGAAGGGAGAGAGAGUGAGACAGGCUGGGGACAGAAAGUGUAUACAAAACGCAGUAAAGAAAGAAAAACAAACUGCCAUUAAAACACAUUUUUAAACUAGCAAUUCAAGAAAGAAACAGGCUACGUUUAAAGAACACAGAGACAAUGAAAAGCUAAGGAAAAAUUUGCAGUCUCUUCCACAGUCUCAUAGGUGCUUGGAAAUGAAAGUAGAACAGCGUGUCUUUAACGGACUCUGACAGGGGUAACUGGAUUAGGGACGGGUGCGCCAGUUUCUUUCUUUCUUUCUUUCUUUUUUUAACAUCUUAAAUCCUGAAAAAAAAAAAAAAGAAAAAAAGGCAGCAGCUCCGAAUUGAAUGAAUUGAUGGGCACACUCCAACUGCUGGGCCGGAGAGACUGAACUUGGUCUUGCCAUUUCUGCUUCUUUGAAAGAGGAGACAACUUGGGCUUCCUUUUAAUUUAGUUUUUCUCCUUCUCUCCCCACCCCUAACCUUCCCCCUUACCUCCCCCACCCCUCUAUCACCACCCCUCUUUUAAAUAAGAGGGCGAAGGGGAACCAGAGCGCACAAGAGGACGACUCUGGAGGCAGCGAAAAUGGGUAUCCUCAGCAUAGACUUGCUGAUCACACUGCAGAUCCUGCCAGUUUUUUUCUCCAACUGCCUCUUCCUGGCUCUCUACGACUCGGUCAUUCUGCUCAAGCACGUGGUUCUGGUGCUGAGCCGCUCCAAGUCCGCUCGCGGAGAGUGGCGGCGCAUGCUGACCUCAGAGGGACUGCGCUGCGUCUGGAAGAGCUUUCUGCUCGAUGCCUACAAACAGGUGAAAUUGGGCGAAGAUGCCCCCAAUUCCAGUGUGGUGCGUGUGUCCAGUCCCGAAGGAGCUCACAGUAGCGGAAACGGUGUCCAGGAGAAGACUGCUGAUGGAGUCCAGUGCCACCUUCUUGACUUCGCCAGUGCCGAGCGCCCACUGGUGGUCAACUUCGGCUCCGCCACUUGACCUCCUUUUACCAGCCAGCUGCCUGCCUUCAGCAAACUGGUGGAGGAGUUCUCAUCAGUGGCUGACUUCUUGUUGGUCUACAUUGACGAGGCUCAUCCUUCAGAUGGUUGGGCGGUACCUGGGGGAUCCUCUUUGUCUUUGGAGGUGAAGAAACAUCGGAACCAGGAAGAUCGAUGUGCAGCAGCCCAUCAGCUUCUGGAGCGUUUCUCCUUGCCGCCCCAGUGCCAGGUUGUGGCUGACUGCAUGGACAACAAUGCCAAUGUAGCUUAUGGGGUAGCCUUUGAACGAGUGUGCAUUGUGCAGAGACAGAAGAUUGCUUAUCUAGGAGGAAAGGGCCCCUUCUGCUACAACCUUCAAGAGGUCCGGCGUUGGCUGGAAAAGAAUUUCAGCAAGAGAUGAAAUUUAGAUUAGUUGGUUAAAGGUAUGAUCACAAUAGAGCUAUUAUUUAAAAAAAAACUGUAUAAAGGAAAGGAAAUUAAGAACUGAAUCCACUAUUUCCAUUGAGUCCCAUUGCCUCACUGAAAGACAGGAAUUUACUCCUCAGAAGAACAUAAACCUCUAACAUCUCAGUACUUCUUUCCCCACUCAAGUGGCACUGGGUUAAAUAGUACUCUGUUACAUCUCUUCUUAGUGAAAAGAUCCAGAUUGGAGAGGAAGAAACCCUGGCUCAGUAUGUGUUCGUUCUUCCUUGAGAAAUGAGUGAUGCUUGCUUUGGGACCAGAAGAAACAGUCACCUGAAUAAUGACUAUGUUAGAGAAGCUGCUGUCUAUAUUAAGAUAAAGCACAUUGUGUAGGCUUUAAUCAUCAUGGGUAGAACGCAACUGGAAAAUUCCAGAAUCCUUACUUAUAAUGCAUUCUUGAACUCAAGCUACGUGGUUAGGACUUUGGAGUUUAAUGCGUUGGAGUGAUUCUAGCCAUACAGUGCUCUGCACCAAUCUACGUAGCCCAGAAUUCACAGGUACUUGUAGAUACCCAGAAUGACACCUCCACUUGAAGAUUAGAAUAAUUGUCUGGAAUCUGAGGGUUACUUUCUAGGGAGAUGGAGAAAGUACUAGAAGAAAAUCAAACUGACGAGCUAGAAAAGAGGAGGCAGAAAGAUUAGGAAACUUCAUAGAGUUUCACCUUGAAACUAUAGAAAGAGACUAAUUUGCUCACCAUGGAAACAUAGGAAUAGAUACAAAGCUAGAGAAAGAAAAAGCUUAACUAAAGCUAGCAUAAAGAAAAUGCAUAUAAAGACAAAAUAUCAUAUACUCCUGGACUGAGGAAGACAGAGGGAUUGAAAGGGAAAAAAAACUACACUUAGAUAUUUGCACUAGUGAGAUUUUUUGGAAAUAAUUACUUUAAGAAACAUGUAUGUGGUAUGUACAUUUUUAGUGGGUGAAUUAUACCCCAUAAUAAUUAUUAAAGGAAAAGCCAGCGACUGGUGGUGCUGGUCUGUUCCUCCCCAGUUCCUACAGUUAUGAUAUGGGCCACUCAUUCGAAGACCCAGUCUUUUAGGCAGUGUUAUCUCAUGAAUGCUGAGCUGAAGUUGGGGGGAGGUACCCUGGCCAUUCAGCUACUGCCCUGUUUUCCUUCCUACACCUAAUAUAGGUGAACUAUAAUGAGCGAUAGGUACAAACACACACAUUUCCUUCAUUUGCAAAAUAGAAGAAGAGUUAUUUUGAGUUAUUCCCAUAAUAAUUGUGUAGGGUUUAAUAUAAGGCUAUCCUUAGUAUAAGGGAAUUUGGUAAAAUGGAAUUUCCAUUGACAUUCAAAUUCAGAAUUGGAUCUUUCUUUAGUCUCACUAGCUGAGGUUUAAUAAUCCAAGGCCCCAAUAUUAUGUGAUUAUAAUUAUAUAUGUAUGCAUAUACACAUAUAUACAUUUCUCUUUAAAAUAAAAACAAAAUAGUUUUACCAAUAAGUAAUACCUAAAGAUCAUAACCCUCAGAAGAAUAGACCAACCCAUCAUGUAUCACAAUUUUUAAAAAUUUGAGCAUACUAUCAAAUCACAGCAUAUGGUUGAUAAAAUCAAAAGUUCUUACAUCCAUUCAAUUAAUAACUGAAUCACAAAACUAAUUACAAAAAGGUAAUUUCAAGGUGAGAGUAAAUUAGUUGGCUAAAAUGAGAAAAGUGAGAACUGGGUAUGCAAGAAUCAAAAGCACUUUUUUUUUAAAUGGAGCAACUAAUCAGUCAUAUCUCUAGGUGGUAUAUUGUUUAAUAUUAAAGCUCCAUUGUGACUAAUUUUUUUACAGCAAUGCCUAAGCUUUCCAAUGUUUUGAGUUCUAUUUAGAAAAAAACCACAAAGAAACAAAGCAAAUUUCAAAAGUGUGAUGUUAUCUAAUGAAUUACUCUAACUUCAUGUUGAGAAUAGAUUAUUUCAGAUUCUUGUAUUGUUAAACUUUAUAGUCAAGGCUUAUCAGUGGCCUCCCUUGAUUUUUAUCUUCAAAAUGUUGUUGAGAUUUAUGUAGUACUCUACAGAAGCAAAAUGAAAAAUUAGUUAUAGCAUACCCACAUCAUUGUCUUUAAGCUUCCCCUUUAUUCUACACAUGUGAUAAUGGAACAGGAUGUCAGAGAAGCUGGUGGGGGGAUGAGAUUUGGCCAAUGAAAUGCUAGUUAUCUAGGGAAAAGUGUGAUGGAAAAAUCACCCAGUUGUGCUAUAUUUUUAAAGAAGUGGAAGGAUGUGUGUGUGUGUACACACAGGCAGUUCUCCUGGAGGACAGUCCAGCGGAGGUAUGAGGUGGAGGAAGUAAACAUUCAAAGACAUAGGCUGACUGUCAGGGGGAAAGACAUGUUCAGUAGAACAUGGAAGAAGUUCUGGAAGAAGAGUUGUGGAAGUGGAUAUGGAGAAAAUAGGUUGUAAAAGCUCAGGAAUUCUACAAUAUGUAGUUUGGAUUGGCCUUAUCAGGAUUAUGAUAAGCCUGUAAUUAUGUAACCUAUUUGUUUCAACAUAAACUUUUAUGGUUUCCUAUGAUGUACCUUUUAUAAAAUUAACAACUCAUGAUUUGAGAUAGAAGAAAAUCAAUGCUUAGCUGAUUUGCUCAGAGAAAUUAUUAUAUUUUCAAUACCCACCCAACUAUCAUGUCUUUUAUAAGGUACAUUCCCUUGAAAAAUUACAGUUCUAAUUCUCACAAGGGAAAAACAUAUAUAAAACUCUAAGUUCCUCUUCUUAGCACCUAAACAUUUCCCACCAUAGGCUGUGUUUAUAUGAAACUAUCAGUUUAGCCCUCUAAGCUGAAUUUGUUUGUCUGAAUUGAAUUAGUUUCCAAGAAAUUUUAGAUAUUAUCACAGUAUCUGGAUUUACUCAAACAUUUAGUGUUUGAAAGAUGUCAUGGAACUAUUGAAAACUUACUUUAUUUUAUUGCUUACAGAAAGUAUCAGUGGGAUUUACAAUGACUUUCAUGAAUGAGCAUGAAUGAAAUGCAGGAACAGUAGCGUAGGAGAGUUUCAUACAGCUAUUAAAAUGUAACAGGCCUCCAGAGAGCCAUUCUAGUCACUUGUCUUGCUUUGCAAAGCUGAAGUGGCAGCCAUUUUCUGUGAUUUUCCUCAUUCACAUUUUGGAUCUCUGGGCCUGCAUCUUCACCUCAUUUAUAAAAUGAUUUACUGAUUUUUGGUAAUAUCAUCUUCAGAGUGGUGUCUUGAUUUAGUUAAAUUCUUCCCUCAUUAACCAAGAGAUGCUUAGUCUCUGAUCAAGGAGGAAAGAAAAGCCUACACGGUCUUUCAUUUUGUCAGGACAUAUUUCACUAUUUGGUUUCUUGAAUAAAAAUUAUAAAAUAUGGGAAAGUCAUGAGUGGGGGCUGCCUUGGUGCAUAAAAUACCAGAGGGACUGAUAAAGACAACAUUUAUGACUUUGGAAAAACUCUUAGAUGGGUACAAGGUGCCCUUGGCAUAGCCAGUAAGCUAUACCCACAGCACGAGGAAUUUACUAAUUUUAGAGAGCUUCCUAUUAUGUGAAUCAUAAGAGGAUGAACCUGGAAAUUUAUUCCACCUGACUUCUGACUGACGGUUUGGAAAAUAAGUUUAAUUAGAGUCCUUUGGCCAUUGAAAAGGGUAAUAUGUAGAUACUGACUUCUCACCAGUGAAGGAUUAGUGAAAACAUUUACUAGCAUUUAGAGCUUUUCAGAACAUGCUCAAUGUCAUGUCUCUGAGCAGGGAAGAUCCACAAUGGGUCUUUUAAUUCAAAGAGCCUUUAAAAUAUGAUAUUACCAAAAAUUAAAACUAGAGUAUAGUUAUAGUCUAAUGUUGCCUCUUUUAGCUUAAAAAUAGAAGUGAAACCCACUUGUAUACAUACUUGCUGAAGGAAACAUAAUAUAAAUUUCUGCUCGGCAAUGCUCUUGGUCUUUUUUGAGACCUUUUCGGAAUGGAAGGGACUGAGGCUGGGUGAUCGAGGGAGUUGCUGAGAAGGAAAAACUAGCCCUGGAGAUCUCGGUCUACCUAUUUGGCGAGAUUUGAGCAGAAAUUUCUUAUGGUUGGAAGAAGACUGCUGAGUGUGCCUAAGUGAUUUGAGGAUGAGGAAACACUUGGGCCACUUCCUCAUGCUCUGUGUUCCAGACAGCAUGAGAAACAAGGCCUCAGACUUUACAGGUCCAUCUCCGUUCCCAGGUGAGUCUGACCAAACAGAAAGCAGACAAGUACAGAUAUCCAAACAAGACUGCUCACGCAAGCCAGGGCUGGCUGCCUGCCUUGGGCAGCAGCACCAGAGCUCCAGGGAGUUUAUUUAAUAUUUACUGAAACUUGGGAGACCCAGCAGAUGUUUAAUGAAGUCACUAUUUUGGCUCAAACUCCCCUCCCUCCACCUUGAAAAACAAAAAAAGCAAACAGGUAAACACAUAAAUGAAAGAAGUCCACAGAAAGUGGAUGGGAGACUUAAAACAAAAUUCUCUUACAUCUUCUCCAGAUUGUGUCACUCACUGGGCAGUGUGGUUUUUAUGUGUGGUACGACAAGGGGAUAUGAAGACAUAAGUAUCCAGAACUUUAUAACCAAAGCAAUGAAAAGAUAUUGGAUAGGGAAGGUUGGCCAGUUUUGUUUAGUUCUGCAUCACAUUAUCACGGACUCACUAGCCCAAGUAAUCGGCACCCGAAGAGGGAGACUGAGACGUGCAGAGUUCACCAGUGUGCGAAUGAUAACUGCUAACGAAAGAGUCAUCGACUCAGUUAGUGGUUGGAUGAAGUCACAUUAGUUUGCCUCUCCCCAUCUCUGUCUCCCCAGCAAGGAGACUAUUCGGGACUUAUUGCUGGGUGCUGGGUCAAUGUGGUGAGAAUGUAUGUGUGUAUAUCUCUGCUUUACAGUUGCAGAAAAAUGAAAUGCUUUGGAGAUUAUUGGUAAAAAGAGUGUUAUUAUAUUGGUGCUGAGUGGUAUGUGUGCUUUUACAAUUUGUUCCUGUAUUUUAAUAAACUUUGAAUAAAAGAAUAGAGUUA